AUGACCACUCUUCGGGUACUGCUGCACGUUGCUGCUCACCGUGACUACGAGCUGCACUCUCUCGACUUCAGCACAGCUUUCUUGAAGGGCAGCCUGCACGAGGAGAUCUGGCUGCGCCGCCCACCUGGCUUCACUGGGUCGUUCCCUCCUGGUACCCAGUGGAGUCUCCGACGUCCAGUCUACGGUCUCCGCCAGGCGCCCCGUGAGUGGCACGACACACUGAGGACUACACUUGCGGCUCUUGGGUUUGCUGCUUCUACUGCCAACCCGUCGCUGCUUCUGCGCACCGACACCUCUCUGCCGCCUUUCUACAUCCUCGGGUACAUUGACGACUUGGUCUUUGCCACAGCUGAGACUGCUGGACUCGCCUACGUGAAGUCCGAGCUGCAGAAGAGACACACGUGCACAGACCUGGGUGAACUGCGCAGCUACCUUGGCUUGCAGAUCACCCGGGACAGAGCACGCCGCACCAUUACCCUGACUCAGUCACACAUGGUGCAGCAGGUCCUUCAGCGCUUCGGCUUCACGUACUCCUCGCCUCAGACCACUCCUCUGCCUACUCGCCACUCGCUCUCAGCUCUGCCUUCAGAUGAGUCCCACAUGGCUGCAGCGAAGAGGGUGUUGCGCUACUUGUGCAUUACGUCGGGCAUGGGGCUAGUGCUUGGAGGGCGGAGUCCAGUGGUCCUCAAUUGGCAUGCAGACGCUUCUUGGGCUGACGACCAGGCUACGCAGCGGUCGUCACAGGGUUACACCUUCAGUCUUGGUUCCGGCUCUGUUUCGUGGCGGGCUACUCGCUCGUCUUCUGUUCUCAGCUCUAGUUGUGAGGCUGAGAUCUACGCAGGGGCCAUGGCUGCACAGGAGCUUUGCUGGCUCACCUACCUGCUGACUGACCUUGGAGAGCCGCCUUGUUCUCCUCCAGUCCUGUACGUAGACAACAAGGCCAUGCUGGCCUUGUGUCGAGAGUAG